ACCAGGAAGUUACACUGAGAAAAUACAGCCGGGGAAAUACAGCCUGAGGAUCAUUGCACUUCCUACUGCCCGACCUGCACCAUGCUGUCCCUCUGCCGGCUGCUGAGGACCCAGGUCUCCCCUCAUCUGGUCCGGUUCUCCUCUCAGGCUCCGUUCUGUAUAAAGCAUUUGGAUCAUCUGGUUCUGACCGUCAAGAGCAUCGAGAAGACGGCCAACUUCUACACCCGGGUGCUGGGCAUGGAGGUGGUCACCUUCAAGGGGGACAGGAAGGCGCUGAGUUUCGGCAUUCAGAAGAUCAACCUCCAUGAAGUGGGGAAGGAAUUCGAACCCAAAGCCCAUCGCCCAUCACCGGGAUCGGCCGACCUCUGUCUGAUCACAGAGACGCCGCUCAGCAACGUCCUACAGCACCUGCAGGUCUGCGGUGUCCCCCUAGAGGAAGGGCCCGUGUCCCGCACAGGAGCCAUGGGGGAGAUCACGUCCGUCUACUUCCGGGACCCCGAUCACAACUUAAUAGAAAUAUCCAACUACGCGGAGGAGGCCAAAUCCUGACCCGUGU